AUGGACCACAACCAGAUACAGAAGCAGCUCUUCCUGUUUGGCGAUCAAACAUUCGUGCUGCAGCCGCAUCUGAAAAACCUGCUUGAGCGAACGACGCACAGCUCAGCACUGGACUCCUUUCUCUUGAAGGCCCACGAUAAAAUCUGCUACGAGACUACGAAGCUGCCUGGUCGGACAGGAGAUAAUAUAGAAGCUGAGAUAAACACCCUCGAAGGUCUGCUUGGCUGGGAGCAAGACAAUGGUGGCAACACACGCCGCUGCAUUGCACUGGAAAUGGCUUUGGCAUGUCUGCUCCAGCUGGCGAGCUUCAUGCUGGCCCAGGACGUGGACGAGCUCUGGGCUGCAAAGGCAGCCGAUCAAGCGCGCUCCACAGGUGGGCUGGCCGCUGCCGCAGUGGGCUGUAGCCGCACUAUUGCGGACCUCCAGAAACUGGGAUCAGAAGCCGUAGGCAUUGCGUUUCGAACGGGAGCUCUCACAGAUGAGGUCUCUCUCUCAGAUGCCACCUCAUUCGACCUACGAGAACAGAGCUGGGCUACUGCAGUGAUUGGCCCCGGUGCCGCCGACACUGUACGCUCCUACUGUGAGCAACAAGAGUCAGACUGCACCAAACUGCUACCUUUCAUCACCGCCUUCGCCCCGCGAGGGGUCACUGUCAGUGGUACGCCAACCUCACUAGCCCAUAUGCGAAGCUCUCCAGCGUUCAAGAAUUUCGAGUUGAAAGAGCUCCCGUUGUAUGGUCUAUACCAUGAUCCGCAUCUGUUCUCUGGUAGAGCAGUGCAAUCGCUUCUAGCCGAUGUCACGCCCGAAUCAGCUGCCAAAAAGUGCACCGCUCCCGUUAUUUUCGGCUCGGGCGAGGAGUUGCAAGGGAAUUUCGGAUCACUCAUAGCAGCCGCAGUCAUGCGUAUUCUGCGUGAACCAUUGAGAUGGGUCAAACUGGUGGAUGCUCUGAAAGACUGGUGCCAGGGAACGACAGCAGAUGCCGUGAACGCAGAUGUUGCCACAUCAGGACUUCUCAUCAAUGCAUUUGGUUCUAAAGCAGGAAGCUUGAUCAUGAAGCAGACUGAUGUUGAGUGUUCGUUGGUCGAACAUCCGUAUGCCCACCAUCACGGCAUCGGCACUUUUUUCCAACUAUUCGAUGGUUCAGGUCACUUGCAGGAUAUCAGUAGACACUUCGCCGGUUGCCCGGAAUGCAGCAUGCUGGUCUUGCCUGAAGCGGCGAAUACGCCACAAGAGAUAGAGUUUGGUGGUGCAUGCUAUUCCCCUCCGUCACCGGAAGACGAGCACAAGGACGAUAACCUGAUAACUUUUGGUGGACCGGAAGACCCUUCAAACCCGAAGAACUGGCCGCUGAGGAAGAAAUGGCUUGUUGUAACCACAGUCUCGCUAUACGCCUUCUUGAGCCCAAUGACCUCGACCAUGAUCGCCCCAGCCUUACCAGAGCUACGGAUCGAGUUCAAUAUUCAAAACCAGACUGGUUCUGCGUUGAUGCUCUCGAUCUUCCUCCUUGGCUGGGUAAUAGGACCAAUCAUCACAAGUCCUUUGUCAGAAGUGUACGGCCGCGUUAUCGUCCUCCAGCUAGGAACAUUGAUAUAUCUCGUCUUCAACCUGGCGUCUGGCUUCGCGCAGACUCAGGCUCAGACGACUGUGCUUAGGCUCUUUGCUGGCAUAGGCGGCUCUACAUCGUUGGGGAUCGAAGGUGGUAUCAUUGCAGAUUGCUUUGCACCAGAGCAAAGAGGACUGGCCGUUUCGAUUUACAACCUUAUGCCGUUGCUCGGACCGGCUGUUGGGCCCAUUAUCGGCGCUUUCAUCACGGAGUACUUCAUGUGGAGGUGGUCAUUCUGGGCGACGAGUAUCGCGGAUGUAGUUAUCCAGCUAGCAGGUUUGGUGUUUUUGGACGAGAGCUGGGCACCAAACAUCUUGGAGCGCAAGAAGACACGACUCAUGAAGCAGACUGGGAACAAGAAUCUCUACACUCUUCAAGAUGUCCACGACGAAGGAAAGACGCUCGCAUCCAGACUACGGCUGGCUUUGACACGUCCACUGAAGUUGCUCUUCACCCAGGUGAUCGUCCAAGCACGGUGUCUUUAUCUGGCAUAUCUCUUCGGCGUCACCUUCUUGGUGCUGUCGACCUUGUCAUCACUAUGGACCGAGCGCUAUGGAUUUUCCAUCGGUAUUGGCAGCUUGAACUACAUCGCCUUAGGCAUUGGAUACACCUUCGGCACCCAAGUCUCCGCACGCCUCAACGACAAGAUCUACAAGCACCUAAAGUCCAAAAAUGACGGACGUGCUGUGCCCGAGUACAGGCUACCCAUGAUGACACUCGGAGCAACACUCAUGCCCAUAGGCCUGCUCAUCUACGCCUGGACAUCACAAUAUCGCGUACACUGGAUCGUGGUAGAUAUUGGAGUAGCGAUCUAUGCGGCAGGGACCUUUGCUAGCUUCCAGUGUCUGCAAACGUAUCUUAUUGACACGUACACGACAUACACAGCAUCUGCUUUCGCCGCGGCCACGAUCUUGAGGUCGAUUUUCGGGACUGUGUUUCCGCUGUUCGCAAAUCAGCUGUAUGAAACAUUGGAUUAUGGUUGGGGAACAACGACAUUGGCGCUUAUUGCUAUCGUGACUGGAUGGCCAGCACCUAUAUUGCUGUGGAAGUUCGGACCACAGUUGAGGGCGAGAAGUCCCUACUCUGCUGAGAAAACAUGA